GCUAUGAGCAGCUCCGGCAGCUCUCACAGCACGCCAUGAAGGGCGUCAUCCGAGUCAAGUUUGUCAACGACCUCGGGGUGGACGAGGCCGGGAUUGACCAAGACGGUGUUUUCAAGGAGUUCUUGGAAGAGAUCAUCAAGAGAGUGUUUGACCCAGCGCUCAAUCUGUUCAAGACGACCAGUGGAGACGAGAGACUCUACCCUUCGCCCACGUCCUACAUCCAUGAGAAUUACCUGCAGCUCUUUGAAUUUGUGGGCAAGAUGCUGGGAAAGGCGGUGUACGAGGUAAACAUCUUAAGGACCAUUGAGCUGAAAUGGAAAAUAAAAUGUUGUAAGUACGGAGGGUUUCGUGUAUGUGGAGGUGACCUGGCAUGUAGUGGCAAUUACCUGUCAUGAAGCUCAAGUCAAGGACAGGGACAGGGACCAACACCAACCAUGUUCUCAGCAGUGAGGUGGUGGAUGAGAGAGCCGGUUAUUGGGGUGCUAUAGGUAG